UAAGAAGAGCGAAGAACAAGGGUUUGUUCCGUCUCUAGGUUUUCUUGCAUCGUACAUGCCUAUAUGAAAACAAAGCCUUAGCUACUCUUUUGUUUCCGACCUUUUACUGUUACCCCUAGAUGUCAACAAAAAAGAUGGAGACCAAGACAUUUUGUGUGGUCCUCACCCAUUCUCUCAUGUCCUAUUUACCCUUCUGGGUUUUAACUAUUUAUAUCAAAAAUAUUUAUGCUCAUGUCCUCCUUUUAUAGCUAUUCUCAGUCUUUUCUCCCAUAACAUAACCUUCUUCUGGAUCUCUGAGGAGCUUAUGGACAGGUCCGAGGGAAAGAGGGUCUUGAGGUACAAAGAGGAGGAGGAGGAUGAGGAUGAAGAAGAAGAGGAAGAGAUUGAGAUGGGUUUUGGAGAAGAUGGAAGGAGGAAUAAGAGAGCAAUGACAGAUCUCUAUGGAAAGAGAGGGUCCAAAGGUGGAAGCUCAAUGCCACCUUCUUGUCAAGUGGAUAACUGUGAUGCUGAUCUCAGUGAAGCUAAGCAGUAUCACAGAAGACACAAGGUUUGUGAGUACCAUGCCAAGGCUCAUUCCGUACACAUGGCAGGGCUUCAACAAAGGUUUUGCCAACAAUGCAGCAGGUUAAUCUUUGCUGUGAACUGCCUGAGGGAAGAGAUUCCAUGAGCUAUCAGAAUUUGAUGACACAAAAAGGAGUUGUAGAACGCGGUUGGCUGGGCAUAAUGAGAGGCGUCGCAAAAAUGCAGCUGACUACCAAGGAGAAUGACUUCUUCUAUGAGAUGGACAUUAAUAAGCAUUGAGGCAAGCAUGUGAUUGAAAUAAAAUUUCCCAUUGAAAUCUUCAUACUCAAAUCAUCGUUGCUGGUCUCUAAGGGUGCUCUCUUUCUUCUGUCAAUAUUUUAUAAUGCCAAGAUUGCUGUUGUUAGUUUUUUAUUUUUAUUUUUAUGGGGGAUCGUUGCUGUUAGUUACAACUAUGAAAUGAGAUUUCACUUGGAACUUCAAUUA